AGUAGAGGGUCAGGAAGCCACCCAAAAGGGGGAAGCGGUAUCAUUGUUUGCCGACUAACAUUUUGUCGUGAUUUUAAAUAGACAAAACGGGAGUUGUGCCUCGCAACAUAUUUCGCGUAUUCUGUUGGUACAGAUAAAAUUUGUUGGAUUUUAACGUCAAACACGCAUAUCUCCUGAACUUUCAAAACUGUUGACGGGGGUCACUGGAGAAAUCGAGUUGCCAGAACUCGGUCAGACAGACAUGAGUGAUUCCGAGCCACAGACCUUCGAGUCCAUUGAAGAUGAGCGGGAUUACUGGAAGGAACAAUCUGCCCAACAUCAGCAAAGGGCGGCAGAGGCCCAGGAGGAGUUGCAGGAGUUCCAGCAGAUGAGCCGCGACUACGAGGUGGAGCUGGAGACGGAGCUGAAGCAGUGCGAAGCACGCAACCGGGAGCUGCUCAACGCCAACAACCGACUACGCAUGGAGCUGGAGAACUACAAGGAGAAGUACGAGACGCAGCACUGCGAGGCGGUGCGGCACAUCUCCACGCUGGAGGGGGACCUGGCCGAGACCACGGCCAUCAAGGACCAGCUGCACAAGUACAUCAGGGAGCUGGAGCAGGCCAACGACGACCUGGAGAGAGCCAAGAGGGCCACAAUAAUGUCUCUGGAGGACUUUGAGCAGCGUAUGAACAGCGUGAUCGAGAGGAACGCCUUCCUGGAGAGCGAACUGGACGAGAAGGAGAAUCUGCUGGAGUCAGUACAGAGACUCAAGGAUGAGGCCAGAGACCUGAGGCAGGAGCUGGCCGUGAAGCAGAAGCAAGUUACGGAUCGUAAGCCGUCUCUCAGCCUGGGCAAGGAUGCGGAGGUAUCGGAACCCACCCCUCCCCCAUCCCGACCCGUCUCCGCCCUGCCCACCCCUACAAGACCCACCUCCAUACUCUCCACCACCUUCAACACCCCACCACCCUCACAAACCAGAGGCGAGGGGAUGGUCGGGAGCCCGCUGACUACCUCUGCAAGGAUAUCAGCUCUCAACAUCGUAGGGGAGCUGCUGAGGAAAGUGGGGAAUCUGGAGUCUAAGCUGGCGAGCUGCCGGGAGCUGCAUGUGAACGACAGGAGUCAGAGCCGACAGAACCUUCCGGCGUCGCCGGGGAUGCCCGGAAACCAGCGGGAGAGCUCUGAGGUGCAGGCCAGCACCAACGGCCUCUUUGAGAAGGGUUUGGUGAGGCGGUUAGACUUCGGACCGGGACCCAAGAUUGUGCUUUGAGGAUCUCCCAGCAUGCUUUGCACGGCUCUGGUACUUCAGCCCAUGUUGGACCUCUCUGACCUCUCAUCACCUCGCUCCCAUCAGCCAGUUGAAGACACCACACCUCCUCCAUCUUCACCUCCUCCUCCUCCUCCUCCUCCCUCCUUGAGGACCGACCAGUCUUCAGUUGCAAUAUCCCUCCCUCUCCUCUUACCAGGCAGAAGAGGAGCCCCAUGGUGUCUGAGGGAGAUAUCAGUGGCUACCUGGUAGUGUUGCUAUCUUUUGCGCGGAGAAAUCCUAGUUCAAUGGAAUGGAGCAAAACAAAGACGAGGAAGGAUUAUAGAUCUUGGACUGACUGGCUUCACUUUCACACUUCACCUUUUUCUUUUAAAAGAAUUCACAGCAUUAAUUUGCCUCUCAAAUGCUUUCAUAUAUUCACACCGUUGUGUACAACAAGAGGAAGAUCUAGGAAGAACUGUUAUGCCACUCUGUGUAGGAGUGAAGCAAGGGUCUUGUUUUUACAGCACACUGGAGUUAUACCUGCAGGCUGGAGGCCUAAACACCUUAUUGCUCUAUUCUCCCCCUAACAUGAUAUCAAACAUGAUCAAGAAAUACCAUCAUUUUGCUCAAAAACUGUGUCCACCUACAUCAGUUUCAUGCGUUAGAAUGUCCAUCACUACUUUUAAGACUUUACAGCUCCUGCUCCAUACAGAAUGUGUUGGACUCUUGAGUCUCCGCAGCCAUAUCCCUUCUCCAGUCUUGAGCAACAUUUAACUUCACGUUUGGAGUAAAAGCAAAUCCAGGUUUUAACACAGACUAGAUAUCUGAUUUUUUUUUGAAGAACAGACCGAGAGUACAAGAGUAAGUGGAAGCAAGUAUGUGGAAGGAAACAAGUGACUGAAUGAGUUCUAAACCCAAAAGUGGGUACCAAUGUAGCUGAAAAGAGAGAGAAAGAAGGUGAGAGAGAGAGAGAGAGAGAGAGUCAGGGAAAGGUUUACUGAGUGUAUUUACUGUAAUGACGCGAUCAAAAUGGCUGGCACAACAGAUUCUCACAGUGCUGUGAGUUGUCUUUUACCCGCCAUAUGCAUUAAGAGUUACGUGUUUUUGUUAUUGUCAAUGUCAGUCAGAUUAUAUUUGUUGUCAUCCUGUUGGGGGGGCUUUAGUCCCUGCUGUUAAUCGUCUCAUUCAUCUUACUAACACAACAGAGUUCUUAUUACGUAGCCUUACUAAAGAUAGAGAUACUGUAUGGAUGGUUAUGACUGUUAUGUUUGUCCUUACCGUAGGUAUGAACUGAAGUGUUGCGGUGGGGUUUUUUCUCACCAUGUUUUGUGUUUGCGUGCGUGCACUGCGCGUGUGAGUUGCUGCUGUUUUUAUGUGUGUUUUUUGUAAAAAUGUGUUUGAAUGUCUCAGGGUUUGUGCGUUGGGAAUAUUUAGCAGGAGGAUCGGUUCAGGCCAAGGAGGUCUUACUGUAUCAUUGGUUCAGGCCUAUAUUAACACACCGUUAGUGGGACGCUCUUGUAGAGUCCGUGUUUUGUUAAUGGUAAUGCCUUGUUCUCAUGUGAUCACCACUGACUGAUGGUCAUACCUAAAGGCCUACUAUGAUCGUAACUGGAACUGAUGUACUAUUUUCUUUUUUUAAAUGUAAUAAUCCAAGUCAUUGUGCCUUACAAAGCAAUUAUUUGCCUUAGCACGGAUGCAAGUGUUUGCACCUCUGUCUGCACAAUAUUUUGGGCCUUUGUUAGUACAUUUUGUGUUUUUUUUUCCUGUUACCUCAAAUGUUACACCAUAGGUCUGGAUGAAACAGCCUUGAGAACGUUUAUGUAUUAUUUUUAUAUGGAGUUCAAACUCUGGAGCCAAUAAGUAAAUCUCUCACUACAGAGGGGGGUGUUUAGAAUGUUACAAAUUAUUAAGAAACUUCAGUGAAGGGCAUGUGUGUUUUAUGUUAAAAAGCUAGGAAUUUAAGAGUGACUGGAGUUCAUUCACUUUCAGUUGUACCUCUUAUGUAUUUUUCCCCCCGUAGUGGUACCAGAGAACUAUAGAGACACUGAUGGAAGAGUAGGUAAACAUUAGUGUAAUUUAGGGCAGUAGGCUGUCUAGCUUAAACUAACACUGAUCUCAGGGGGGCCAUUUUGAAAACGUCUCCAUACCUGUUAAACAUUCCAGCGGGUGUGUGUGAAAUGAGUGCUUUGUUUGUUUGAGUGUGCGUGUGUGUGCGCAUUUGUGCCUGUAUCUGGAUGUGAAAGGUGUGUGUGUUUAAACAAGUGCUAUGUUUUGUUUUAACGUCUGCCACUGAAAUCCAGCAGGUUGGUUGCCACAGUGUGUUGCUCUUUGUAGCUCUGUGUGUCACCAGUCUGUACACCUGUCAGUGCUUUUUUUAGUGUUACAUGUUCACUUGAGAGGAUGUGUUUGUUAACCCAAGCAAGUAUCUCUUACCAAAUGGCACAAUAAAGAUUUAUGAAAUAUU